GCCGAGCCGAGCUGGGCCGGGCCGAGGCGACCGUGCGGGUGCGGGUCCGCGCCGGGCCGAGAGCAGCGCCCCGGGCCGGGAAGGUGCCGGGUGUCUGUGAGGCAGAGCCGCGCGGAGGCGAGAUAGCUCAGGUGAGGACACUGAACCCAAAGAUCUGUACCUUAUUCCAAGAACAAUCAUGGCUGAACCUGACUACAUAGAAGAAGACAAUCCUGAAUUAAUUAGACCUCAGAAGUUAAUCAAUCCUGUGAAAUCAUCCCGGAACCAUCAGGACCUGCACAGAGAGCUGCUCAUGAACCAGAAAAGGGGUCUUGCACCUCAGAAUAAACCAGAGCUGCAAAAGGUGAUGGAGAAGAGAAAACGAGAUCAAGUGAUUAAGCAGCAGAAGGAAGAGGAAGCACAAAAGAAGAAAUCAGACCUGGAAAUAGAGCUACUGAAACGACAGCAGAAGCUGGAGCAGCUGGAACUUGAGAAGCAGAAGAUACAGGAGGAGCAGGAAAACGCACCUGAAUUUGUAAAAGUCAAAGGCAAUUUAAGGAGGACGGUCCAAGAAACAACAGAAGCCCGAGACUCCUAGAGCAAGCACCAGCUAAGACUGCCACCGUUCCAGUGGUGGCUGCAGAGAGAGAUUGUCUCAAUUUUGCUCACAGUAGAGAGGAUAAACAGCAUCCAGGUGACAUUUGCUGAGGAUGAGUUUUGAAUUUCUGGAACGUGUAUGGAUUAAGACUGCAACAUAAAAUGAUUGAAUUCGCCAAACACAGACCUGAGACAAAUGGAAGCAGCCUGUUGUCAGUUCAGGGUUGUGGACAUCUGAAGUGCUUAAUUGGAGACUUAAAAGAAACCAGGGGCCCUAGAUAAACCCCUUGAAUGUUGCACUGCUUGGUUUCUUCUAAUCCCAGUUUAAUGAAGACAUCAAAGUUAUAUUUUCCUUUUUUUUUUUUUUUUU